AGCCGGUGGCGGUGCUGCUGCUCCGCUCCAAGCAGGCGGCGGCGGUCGAGGAGGCGCUGGCGGCGUUGGCGCUGGAGCUGCCGCGCGGUGUUGCGCGCCCGUCGCUCUCUCCGGCGACGCAGCUCCGGUUGCGCAUCGUCUCCGUCAGCACCAACGAGCGCUUCGCCGCGCUGCACCAAACGCGGUGGUUCUCGUCGCCCGUGCGAGGGAGAGAGCGCGUCUGGGUGCGGCUGAGCGCGCGGCUACACGAGGCGCUCUCGCCGCACGACCGCCGCACGGUCUUCUCGCCCGACUCGGCGGCGCAGCUGCUCGAGAUGGUGUCGCUGCGAGACUCGGACCACCUCGGCCGCAUCCUCGGGCAGCUGGACAAGGCCGGCUUCGACACCUCCGUCCUGAAGGUGAACGCGCAGGAGCUCCCCCUCGUCCGCACGCCCGAGGAGGACGCGGAGCGAGGCAAGCAGCUGCUGCUGCUGCUCUCCCUGCGCGACGAGACGCUGGAGGCGGAGACGAAGCGGAUGCGCAAGCACCGGUUCGAGCGUGAGGGCGACCCUUCCCUCCUCAAGGACUACCAGACAGAGCCGCCCACCGCCGCCGAGGCCGUGCAAAUCAUCGACCGCUUGUUGCGUCUGCCGCAGCGCUACGGCGGCGCAGAGCUGCGCUACCCGCAUGACGCGCGCUACGACGGGCUGGGCGCCGAGGGCAGCCACCCGUCCCCCUCGUGGCGGGUCGGCGGCGUGGAGCUGUUUGAGGCGGCCUACCCCGUGCACGACAUCGACUUCAACCGGCGGCUCGAGCGCUCGUUGGCGUGGGACAACCUCUGGCUGUCGGACGCUCAGCUCGCGUCGCUGAGGUCGCAUCGCCGGCGAGGAGAUUGAGAAGAUUGCUCACAGUGUCAGAGUGCACAGCCAGUACCAGGUCGCACUACGGCGAGGAGAUGUCUAGGAAGUGUCUAGGAAGUGUCUAGGAAAUGUCUAGGUCGCACUACGGCGAGGAGAUCGCCUUCUACUUCGCGUUCAUGGACCUCUCCAACCGCGCGCUGCUGCCCAUCGCACUCCUCGGGCCUCUCGUCUUCGCCGUCCGCUUCCUCGCCCGCCAGUACGGCUCCCCUGUCUACGCGGCGCUCCUCCCCUUCUACGCCGCCGCCAUCGUGCUCUGGGGCUCGUACUUCCUGAUGCUCUGGCAGCGGCGUCGCGCCGAGCUGCAGGUGGCGUGGGGCGUCAAGCACUUUGAGCCGCGCUCGUUCGAGCGGCCGCAGUUCCAGUGCUGGCACAACAAGUCGACGGGAGAGCAGCGGUACUACCCGGAGUGGCGCCGGCUGGCGAAGCGCGCGCUCUCGCUGCUCGUCACGCUGCUACAGACGGCCUUCCUCGUCUUCCUGACGCUGCUCAUCUACCUCCACUACGUCAACGCCUUCGAGUACUACUCCGGCCUCAAGAAGACGCUGAUCGCCUCGGCCCUCAACGGCCUCAUGUACGGCUCUAUCAUCAUGGGCCUCGAGCUGCUCCUCUUCGGCGCAAUCUCGCGCAACCUCACCGAGUUCGAGAACUACCGCACGCAAUCCGAGUUCGAGUCGGCCUAUAUCUUCAAGAUGUUCUUCUUCGUCUGGGUCGAGAUGUAGCCGAGAUGUAGCCGAGAUGGAGCCGAGAUACAUCUUCGAAAUGUUCUUCGUCUGGGUGCCGGCCACCUCUGGCACUGAUUCAUAAAUAAUGCGGAGUCAUGAUGCAUGACGGAUCAUCGCUAGAUGACGACCUCUGGUACUGGUUAGUAACUAACGAAUAGGUCGACGGCUACCUCUGGUACUGGAUCCUCGGCUUCAUCCACAUCCCGGUCGUGCGGCAGCACUCCGACGCGGACGGCGUCAUCG